CUUCCGUAAAAUUUCUUUUUGUGAUCAAUAAAGCAUUUUUGAAUUGGAAGUGAAUUUGAAUUUGAUGACAUUCUAACUGGUUUAGUUAUUCGUUUUUGUGUAUCGUGUCACUUCCAUACUGACGCUCAUAUGUACCAAGUGUAAAGUAGCACAGUGUGCGCAUGCGUCAAGAGGCGGGCCGGAAUGGGGGCGUGGCUUGUACUGAUUUCGCGCGAAAAUUCCACUCGCCUUCCGUCCGCAGCCUAUAAUACACGGCGCGGUGCUGUUUGCGGGUUCUGGUUCUGCAGCGGCGACAGCAACAUGUCUCAGGCUCAGGUCACCGAGUUCUUCUGUCAGCGGAAGAGCGGAGCAGCGAGGGCCCCGGGACAUCGGCGCAAAGGAGGGGUGAGAGGCUCCUCGGCCAGCGGCUUCCACCAUGGAAACAAAGAGUCCGCUCUCUGCUGCUCCCCGGUCCGUGAGGAGUUUGUCCGGGUUGUAGACGAGGCGGCGGGGCUGAGUAAUGACCGGCAGUCCGCCUCCAGCAGACCGGACACGGACCCGGCCAGUCCCCGGACUCCCAAAAGGAGCUCGGCCGAGGCAGAGUUCGACCUCGGAGCCGCAGUGUUCUCAGCCACGGCUGAGCACUCCUCGGUCAAAAGGAGACGGCAAGCCGGAAGGGCCAGAGAGGCUGAGGCGAACACGACUGAGAAAACAACAAGGGGGACAGCCAGGAAGAAGCUCGUCCUGCCCGAGGACACACCACAGGCUUUCUGUAAGGAUGACAUCACAGCGCUCAGGUCUCGCCUCCAGACGAUCAGGCAGCAGGCGGAGAACAUCGCCACCUCCACCUCUCCAGCAGCUUCUAGCCAUGCAGCCGGGGCCCCCCCAACCUCAGGGCCCAAGGCCCAACCUGCAUCUGGGACCACGGCUGUACUCGCGUCAGGGGCCAGGGCCCCCUCCACAUCAGGGCCAAGGGACCAACCUGCAUCUGGGACCAAAGCCGUACUCGCUUCAGGGGCCAGGGCCCCCUCCACAUCAGAGCCAAGGGACCAACCUGCAUCUGGGACCAAGGCCGUACUCGCCUCAGGGGCCAGGGCCCCCUCCACAUCAGGGCCAAGGGACCAACCUGCAUCUGGGACCAAAGCCGUACUCGCUUCAAGGGCCAGGGCCCCCUCCACAUCAGGGCCAAGGGACCAAUCUGCAUCUGGGACCAAGGCCGUACUCGCCUCAGGGGCCAGGGCCCCCUCCACGUCAGGGCCAAGGGACCAACCUGAAUCUGGGACCAAGGCCGUACUCGCCUCAGGGGCCAGGGCCUCCUCCACAUCAGGGCCAAGGGACCAACCUGAAUCUGGGACCAAGGCCGUACUCGCCUCAGGGGCCAGGGCCUCCUCCACAUCAGGGCCAAGGGACCAACCUGAAUCUGGGACCAAGGCCGUACUCGCCUCAGGGGCCAGGGCCUCCUCCACAUCAGGGCCAAGGGACCAACCUGCAUCUGGGACCAAAGCCGCACCCACUUCAGAGACCGGGGCCUCCAGCUUCACUGUGGCCCGGGCCAGAGAGCUGGCCGCUAAGGCCCAGAGGAGGAAGGAGGAGAGGGAUGCAGGCGAAGUCAAGCUGAGCCAGGCUCCGCCUCCAACUCUGGCUCCGCCUCCAGCUCCAGACGGCGGGGCGGAGCAGCCGGCGUACCAGCGGUACCACACCCUGGCCCAGGCCACGCCCCCUGGCCUGUCCCUGCCUUACCAGUACAAGAUCCUGGCAGAGAUGUUCCGCAGCAUGGACACGGUGGUCGCCAUGCUGUACAACCGCUCAGAGACGGCCACCUUCGCCAAGAUCAAGCAGGGAGUGCAGGACAUGAUGCACAGGAGGUUUGAGGAGAGCCAUGUGGGUCAGAUCAAGACGGUGUUCCCUGCAGCGUUCUCCUUCAGGCAGCAGAAGAACAUCCCAACGUUCAACAGCAACAUCGGCAGAGGAAGCUACCAGCUCACCGUGGAGCCCGUCCUCAGCUCCGACCGGAAUGAAGUGAGACCUGUGCUGUCCGCCUCCCGUCUCCUGGAGAGAAGACGUGUCUUUCACCAGAACCUGAUCUCUGUUGUCAAACAGCAUCACAAGGUCUUCCUGUCCUCUCUGGUCCCCCCUGUCUCUGUCCCGGAAGACAAACUGACCCGCUGGCAUCCCCGCUUCAACGUGGACGCCGUCCCCGCCGUCCAGGUGGGCUCGCUGCCUCCGCCCCCCCACACGGAGAAAGUGUCUACAGCCCAGGAGGUUCUGGAGAAGGCCCGGUCCCUCAUCACCCCCAAGAUGGAGAAGGCUCUGGUCUCUCUGACCCAGAACGCAGGCGAUGCAGACGGAACCAAACCAGCCGGUUCCCAGAACCCAGCAGCCACUCAGCCUGCAGCUCCUCCUGCAGGCCUGGUGCCGUCCUCCCUGAAGGGCGUGUCCCAGUCCCUGCUGGACAGGAUCCGCGCCAAAGAGGCCCAGAAGCUCCAGGCGGCCAUGACCCGGAACCCGGCCCAGGAGGAGCGGCUGCUGAUGCUGACCCGGCUGGGCGAGUUGGCCCGGAUCCUACGGAACGUCUUUGUUGCAGAGAAGAAGGCGGCGCUGGUCAUGGAGGUGGCGUGCAGCCGCAUGGCGGCCAGCUACAGAUCAGCUCUGAGUCUAGGUGAAAUGGAGAAGCACAUCCGUCUCCUGGCUGAAGUGGCUCCUGAUUGGCUGAGCAUUCAUCCCAUCAGGAAGGAUUUCUACCUGAAGCUGAACAAGAUGGUGGAGCUCAACGUCAUUCUGGACAAACUCAACCACAGACUCCGAGAGGAGGAGAGACUCUGACAGGACUGGACCUUCUGCCUCCGGAUAUAAACUGCUAAUUUCCUGAGAGUUUCUCAGAUUGUUGCAACAUGAAGAUGAUCUCAGUUGGAGAGACGACUUUUUCUAAACCUCAUGACGUGUAGACCCAGCCUGGUUCUGGUGUCCAGCCUCCUGCGAUGGAGAAAGAUUUUUUUUUUGUUUAUUUUUUCUGAAGGAGGAAUGUUGGAUUGUUGACUUGAUGUCCCUUAGGAUCAAGUGAAAUCAGGAGUGCCGCAUGUUUCUACGACAACCAUUGAGCCUACCGUCAUCCUCACACACACUGUGUGUGUUGUAAAGUGUCAUGUUCCCAGUUUGUUACACAGUACAGGCUCAAGUUCCAGUUAAAUGUGUGAAACAGCCAGUGUGUUCCUGUAGCCUCACGGUGUAGCCAUUUAGCUUCCCUUCAGACUGAGCUUCCUGCUCUCUGAUUGGCCAACACCUGUACAGGUGAUGAUCCCACAGCAGCAUCACUAUAGAGGUGCAUCUCAGUAAAUAAACACAUUAAAAAGUUGACUUCUUUCAAUAAUUCUGUUACAAAUUUGACCUCAUGUGUUUAUUACACACAGCUUGAUGCAAGUUUAGCAAAACGUUUGAGCCACUGGGCAAUUUUAGGUGUUUUACACGAUGAAGAAAAAUUUAAUAAAACCAACAUUAAAGGAAAGAAAUGAAGAGUUUUUGAAACUUCACGAUGUUCCAGUUAUUAAUCAAAAGCAACUCUAAACAGGUGGGUUUUUAGCCUUGAUUUAACUUUAACUGAAACUCAGUGUUUCAGCUGGUUUUCAGUUUGCUGGACGUUUGUUCCAGGUUUUUGGUGCAUAAAAGCUGAUUGCUGCUACUCCAUGUUUGGCUCUGAGGAUGCAGAGCAGAGCGAAAAUGUGAAGACAUUGUUGCGAGUAAAGAUAAACACAUGGAUGAGUUUCUGUAGAUCUUGCUGAGACAUUAGUCCUUUAAUCCUGGAAAUGUCCUUCAGGUGAUAGAAGGCCGACUUUGUAACUGUCUUUAUGUGACUCUGGAGGUUCAGGUCAGAGUUCGUUGGGUUAGUUUAGUUUCUAUCUGUGAUACCCGAAGCGACGUGCUGACUCUGAAUCGUUCCUCAUUACGUCCAAAGAUGUUUCUGUUCAGCUGGAGAACACUAAGACACAUCCACACGUUGAUUUGUACUAAGCAUCUGUUCACCAUGGCUGUGUAUCAUCUGCGUAGCUAUGGUAACUAAUCUUAUUUCCUGUUGUGACCUGAGCUAGCAGUACUUUGUAGCUUUUAAAUAAAAAUGGUUCCAGGACUGAA